AUGCCCACCAGAGGCCGUGCAGUAGGUUUUUUAAUCUCAGUCUGGAUACUCUUCGCGGUCUUUUCGAGUUUCUCCGCCGUUAACAAUGUGCAGGCAUAUUCCGUGCGCUACGUCGCCAUUGAAACCGAUGUUGGGGCUUUAAGUUUCGAUAAAGAAGGGCUAUGCCCCUUAAAAGAUCCCUCUGCCCACACCAUGAUGCCGAAAAAGGAGUCUUUCAACACCCUAGCACGCGCGGCCUACACCGAUGCUGGCUAUUUUAAAAGUGUUCCCAUUGGCGGUGGGGCCCGCCAGGCGGCUUGUUUGGAUCAAAACUGUACCUGGCAGUUUGACCAUGGUUUGUAUUAUCAUAAUGAAUUGACCUUCUUUUUGGGGAUUAUCUUUAAUGGUAUCGACAAGACGCGAUCGGUGCCUGACGUCUUUAACAACUUCGAACGUGGUGUUGCGCCGGUCUCGUGGUAUGAUUUGAAGAAUAUAAGCUACUGGGGGAAGCGGCAACCGUGCAUGAAUUCAAACGGGACUUGGUCCAACGUUGAAAUUAACUAUAAAUUCUCCGAGUGGAUAUGUGAGUACUAUGAGUACGAUAAGUCCGAUUACAUCUUCUUCCCCACUUUUCCCAAUGGUGACCCCAUUGUCCCGUCUAUAAAUGAUAGUAAAAUCCACCACUGUGGUAAAUUGAUCACAUUUGACCAUCAAGGUCGCUGGAUUUACCAACCUUGUAAAGACCUGGUUAAAUGGUAUAUAGGGUGUUCCAUCACCGUUGGUGCGACCAUUGCGUUUAUUAUUUUAAUCGUACUGAUAAUUUAUUUAAUCCAGUACAUUCGCAGGAAGAAGAAGGAGAAGAGGAUCAAUAGGAUGUUAAGUGUCGGGUUGGAGAACCCCGCACGGAUUCCGACCCAAUCACAGAUCAAUAUGAGUCAAUAUGGCAGCAUGCAUAUGAGUCAAAUGAACCAUGGUAAUAUGUCAGGUGUGUUUUAG